AUGGUGGAGGAAAGCAAUACGAACAAUACGACUUGGUUCUGGAUUCACUGUGUUCUGACUGGGAACGCAGAAGCAGGUAUCGGGCUAAUCUGUGCUUGUCUACCUGCGAUGAAUCAUUUCUUCGCUUCAGUCAAAAGCUCGAGGAGCAAAACCUCUGAUAGUGUCUAUUUGAAGAACCAUGAACUUGGGAGCUGGCAAAAUAAUUCCAGUCGCACUGCCGCCCAUACAGUCCCCGAAAACUUCUUUCUUCCCAGUCAGAAUGAUCAAGCACAUCUAAUUUCUACUGCCGCUGGUCCUGACGGUCGUGAGAGCUCUAUUUACAGUCUCCGCUCCGAGGUACAUACCACCAACUACGAUGGAAUUAGCAAGAAUAUCACAGUGUCAUAA